GUUUUGGAAAUCGGACGUGAAGUGGGACGAGCCGUUGCUCGGUCCGCCGUGGCCGCGAUGUUAACCGCUGGUUCCAAGCGCGAGAGCGUGGCUCAAAUGGAGGGAUACAUUCCGGACAGGGUGAAAAACGCCGAGAAACGUCUCGAACAAAAUGUCUACGACGUGGAAGCCUGGAGCAUUCUGCUUAGGGACUCGCAGAACAAGAAGAUCGAGGAGGCUCGGCCGCUCUACGAGAAGAUAGUGACGCAGUUCCCCAAUGCUGGCCGCUACUGGAAGAUUUACAUUGAACACGAGAUGAAGUCGAGAAAUUUUGAGAGAGUUGAAAAGCUGUUCCAGCGUUGCCUCAUGAAGGUCCUCAACAUCGACUUGUGGAGGUGCUACCUGACUUACGUCAAGGAGACCAAGGGAUCUUUGCCAACCUACAGGGAGAAGAUGGCGCAGGCAUACGACUUUGCGCUCGACAAGAUGGGCAUGGACAUUCUCUCGUACCCCAUCUGGAAUGACUACAUCAAUUUCCUCAAGAGCGUGGAGGCGGUGGGGUCGUACGCAGAGAAUCAGCGCAUAACAGCCGUACGCAAGGUCUACCAGCGAGGCAUCGUCAAUCCCAUGAUGAACAUCGAGCAACUGUGGAAAGAGUACAUCAACUACGAACAGGGCAUCAACAUGCUGAUUGCGGAGAAGAUGAUCUCGGACCGCAGUCGAGAGUACAUGAACGCGCGUCGCGUCGGCAAGGAGUACGAGGCAGUGACCCGGGGCUUGAACAAGAACUCACCAUCUGUGCCGCCACAGGGGACACCUGAAGAAGCAAAGCAGGUGGAGCUGUGGAAGAAAUACAUUGCUUGGGAGAAGAGCAAUCCCCUCAGGACGGAUGACCACGCCCUCAUCACGAAGCGGGUGAUGUUUGCGUACGAACAGUGCCUGCUGUGCCUGGGCCACCACCCGGACGUGUGGUACGAGGCGGCCCUCUUCCUCGAGCAGUCCAGCAAGCUGCUCACCGACAAGGGAGACCUGAACGCCGGCAAGCUCUUCUCGGACGAGGCGGCCGCCAUCUACGAGCGCGCCACCACCACACUGCUGCGCAAGAACACCCUCCUCUACUUCGCCUACGCCGACUUCGAAGAGAGCCGAAUGAAGCAUGAAAAGGUUCAUCAAGUCUACAACAAGUUCAUCGAAAUUCCAGACAUCGACCCAACGCUGGCGUACAUCCAGUACAUGAAGUUUGCGAGGCGGGCCGAGGGCAUCAAGACGGCACGGGUCGUCUUCAAGAAGGCGCGAGAGGACGCUCGGAGUGGCCACCAGGUGUACGUGGCUGCGGCACUCAUGGAGUACUACUGCAGCAAGGAAAAAACCGUGGCCUUCAAGAUCUUCGAGCUGGGCCUGAAGAAGUACGGUGACAAUUCGGACUACAUCAUGGCCUACAUAGACUACCUCUCACAUCUGAACGAGGACAACAAUACCAGGGUGCUGUUCGAAAGAGUGCUCACAUCGGGAUCGCUGCCACCGGAAAAGUCUGUAGAAAUUUGGAAUCGGUUUCUGGAAUUUGAGUCCAACAUCGGCGACCUCUCGAGUAUUCUCAAGGUUGAGAAGCGGAGAGCUGCCGCUAUCGAAAAGCUCAAGGAGUUUGAAGGCAAGGAGACAGCACUGCUGGUGGACCGGUACCGGUUUAUGGACCUGUAUCCUUGCAGUCCACAAGAACUGAAGUCCCUGGGAUACAGAGACGUGACACGGCUGCCAGUGGUGGUGUCGUCUGCGCCAGCGUCAAAGCGUGAGGUGCGCGAGGAGAAUGUGGCGGACCAGCAGAGCCCCGUGUACCCCCGCCCUGACACGGGACAAAUGAUACCCUUCAAGCCCAAGCAGAUCUGCCCGACUGGUGCGCACAUUGUUCCUGGCGGCGUGUUCCCGCCUCCGCCGGCGGCAUCUGAACUGAUGAUGAGACUGCCGCCACCUCAAUGUUUCAUGGGUCCCUUUGCGGCAGUUGAUGAGUUGAUGGAGGUCUUUCGGACCAUGAACCUUCCUGAGAAACCCCCCCGCCCGGUCGAGAAUGGCGUCUCAAAGGAACACCUCAAGCUCUUCGAGCACAGUCAAACGGGUGGCCCGCAGUCCGGCAACCCUGGUGGCGGAGGAGGCGUCAAGCGCAAGCACCGCGACGGUGCCGCCACUGGUGGUGGCGGCGGCACCAACGCGGGCGGCGGAGGUGCCGAGGAGAGCGAAGAGGAGGAUGGGGGUCUAGCGCCACCUGUGCACGACAUCUAUCGAUCGCGGCAACAGAAAAAGCUCAUGUUUUAGAGUGCGGGGUCGAAAAGUUGUCAGACGGUGUUGAGUGCUCAUGCAAGGAAUUUUGUGUCGUACGGGCGACUGCGGCGAGAGGCGUCAAGAAACUGCGCAGACCUUUCUUCUCCUCCUCCUCUCAUCGCAUUCUUUAGCCUUGUGUUUUUUUUUUUCUCACACUUUGAGGGACCUCUGAAAGGACUCUCUGACUUCGUUGGACACUGUGUACCAUACGUAUAUGUGUAUUCGCCCGGCUUCUUGCAGUGUGCGAAUUGUGCAUUUGUGUACAGAUGACUGCAAAAAACAUUCGCGAAGAAAGAAAAGAAGGGCGCGUAAAGAAAAGAGGUGCUGCCUUUAACGCAACUUCUAUCUUGGUUGCCUAGGUGAAGAAACGAAACUAAGUUGAACUUCACUCCAUAUGCGUUGCAUACUGUAUCAGUAGUUUUCCGCAUAAUUUCUUAUCUCUUUGGGUCAUGAGGUUAUGUGCAGUGUGGAUGGAAUUUUGAUGUUCGGGUGACACAGAUUUGUUUCAUCACUUUCUUUCAAUCUUAAAUGCCUUUUAGAAGCAUACUAGGGACAUCUGUUACAUUUGUGUCUUCUCAUAUGAAUACAAAAAGUAAGUCUUGCGGUUGAAUCAUGUUAUGUACCUUCUAAAGAGAGAUGACAGGACGUGACAUUUUUGUUCGCAACAGAAAUACUUGGAGGCUAGACGUACUUUAAAGUCUCGCCUUUCCAUGUCAUUGGAUUGGCUAGUGAAAUAAAUAAAAGAAAAAUAUGGGAUAUUGCGUUGAAGGCUCCACCUUUCGACAUCCAUCCAUUGAAAGACUGCUCGUCAGCGCUUGUUAUUCCAUUUCAACUUUUGUAGGUGAUGCGUGUUUCGUUAUUGUAAAUAAAACUGUGUGAGCCUUUUAAAUGAGUCUGCUGCGAGUGCUCCUGGUGUUAAUGAAUAAAAUUGCCCCCAUUGGUCAUCCAUUUGGAGAGUGUGUCAACGGAAGAGUGCUUGUUGUUGCCGUGGUAACAUAUGUCACUCGUACGAUCACUAUGUCCUAAUUGGUGAUUGUGCCUUCUCCCACGUUUUUGUUCAAAAAUAAAGACCGAUUCUGAUGAUGCUGA